AUGUCAUUUGACCCAAGCGACCCCAUUCCUGGGACGCGUGUGGAGUAUAUUGCCGUAGUUGCCUCCAUGGGCCUAUACGGGAUCACCUGCAUGCAGACAUUCAUGUAUUAUGCCAACCAACGCAAAGGCGGAGACCGCUGGCCAAUCCAUAUACUGGUUGCUUUCUUGUGGGCCAUGGACACCACACAUCAAAUCAUUACGAACCGGGGCUUCUGGGUCCUCAUCUCGCGCGUGCAUGACCCAUUCAUUCUAUCUAAAGAGUAUCUCUGGGCUGGACUGUUCACGAGCCUUGUCACGCUUCCCACUCAACUGUUUUUCGUCAUGCGGAUCUGGCGAAUCAGCAAGAAGAACUGGUUUGUACCGUUGAUAUUCGUCCCCUGCAGUCUCUUCCAAUUCGGUGGAUAUAUCGCUUUCUUAGUUCUCUGUUUGAAUGGCGGGCCGACCGCGGAGAUCAUCUACGUCAUCCGAAAAUUACCCAUGGCGUUUUGGGGUGUCGGCGCCGCCGAGGACGUCCUGAUCUCCAUGUGCUUGGUUUACCUCCUCUGGCACAACCGUGAUCGCGGAGGGUUCAGGAGUACCGAGAGGUUGAUUUACCGCCUCACCGUCUUCGCCAUCAACACUGGUAUGUGGACCUCGAUGUGCGCGCUAUUCGUAAUCAUCACGAUGGCUGCAUAUCCUCAGAUACAGACCUAUGUGGCACUCUACCUGGUUGUCUGCCCCUUGUACUGCAACACGCUCCUUGCGAACCUGAACGGUCGAAGCUACAUACGCGGGGACGACUUCACCGAACCCAUCAGCCUCCUGGGCCCUAGUCAAGGCCGUAUUGCGUUUACGUCUUUCCCCUCCACAGGACCCCCAAUUUCCCAGGAAACUACAAUGACGCUCCGGGACCUGCCGGUCCCCUCCCACUCGAACAACUCAAGCCUCAAGCUAGAGAAGGUGAUGAAGCACGACGAAGUUUAGCUAGCCACUCAGCACUGUCUCCUCCAUCUAUGCCAGUUCCAGUUCUCGUC